AUGGAGGUGCGGGGCAGCCCGGGACAGUCGCUCCGGCUCCCUCGACGCUCCCGGCCCGGCCCCGCAGCCAGCAUCACCCCCGCAGGCCAGUCUGGGGGCGGAGGCGGAGCGUGGACGGGGUUUAUCGUCACCUGCCGGGGAGCAGAGCGUGUCCCGAAGGACGGUCCGGGGUUCCCACCUGCAGGUAGAGGCGGGGCGGGGUCGGAGGGAUCCGGGGGUGUCCCACCUCCAGGGAAGGCGGGGCGGCAUCCAGGAGGGUGUCCGGUGGGAGAUCCCGUCUGCCGGGGAGGAGGGGCGUGGGAUGCAGGGAGGUGUCCGAGGGGGUCCACCUGCCUGGGGAAGGCGGGGCGGGUCCCGGGGCGCGGGCGGUUGCUCGGGCGGGGAGGGGCGAGCGGCCGGCAGGGGGAGCCCCGGCGGCGGCGGGCGAAACGAGGAGCGGCGGCGGCGGCGGCGAGGCGGCGGCGAAGACGAUGUUCAAAAAGCGGGCGGGAGCGGCGGCGGGCAGCAGCUCCGCGCCGAGCCCCGGGCCGCCGCCAUGGCGCCUCCGCGCCGCCUGCCGCCGCCCUAUGCCUCUGCCUGCUGGGCGCUGCCCGCCUCCGCCGCGGGCUGGAGGCCGCCGCCGUGCGCGGCCCGUUCGGCGGCCGCUCCCCAGCGCACCCUCGGCAAGCCGCGCCUUUCCUCCGCCUCCUCCUCUCCGCCGCCGACGCCGCCUCCCCCUUCUCUGCCCCGCCGCGGAGGGAACGGGGCUCUCCGCAAACGGCAACGGUGGUGCCGCACCACUACAGUGGUGCCCUGUACCAGUCGCUGGCCGCCGCCGCGGCCCGGCGGCCGCGCCGACCAACCGUCACGGGCCUUCGCGGCAGCCGGGCGCGCAGCGAUGCCUCCCUAUCCGCCUCCGAGCAGCGAUACCUCUUCGACAUCUCCAGCCUGCCUGAGGCAGAGGAGGUGACGGGCGCAGAGCUGCGGAUCCUGCGUGCCCUCCCUGAAAACCGGAGCUUGGCCCUGUCCCCCGAGGGCACCUUCCACCACCUCCUCCUUUCCACCUGCCCAAGCCAGGAUGGUCAGGAGCCCCGGCUGCUGGACUCCAGGGCUGCAGACAUUUUGGACGCAGGCUCCUCCAGAUGGGAGGUUUUUGAUGUCUGGGGAGCCUUGCGAGAUCGGAGGGAGAGAUCUCUCUCGGGCAAGCUGCUGUGCUUCCUGCUGAGGAUCGUCUCGGAUCAGUCGGGGCAGCUCCUGCCCCCCCGACAACUGGGGUUCAACAAGCCCCAGCCCCAGCCCCACGAGCGAGCCCUGCUCGUGGCCUUCUCCCGCACCCAGAGGAAGGAGAAUCUCUUCAAGGAGAUCCGGGAUAAGAUCAAGGCCCUGGGCAGCCCCCCAUUCCUGGAGCCCCCUGAUCCUGGCCAGGAGGUGUAUCCCAAGCGGAGGAAGAGAAGGACCACGAUUGCUGCCCGGUCUGGGGGCAGAGGCCAUGGGAAGAAGGCGAAGACCCGCUGCAGCAGGAAGCCUCUGCACGUGAACUUCAAGGAGCUGGGCUGGGAUGACUGGAUAAUCGCCCCCCUGGAUUACGAGGCAUAUCACUGUGAGGGGGUCUGCGACUUCCCCCUGCGCUCCCACCUGGAGCCCACCAACCAUGCCAUUAUUCAGACCCUGAUGAACUCCAUGGACCCGGAGUCCACCCCCCCGAGCUGCUGUGUGCCCUCCAAGCUCAGCCCCAUCAGCAUCCUCUACAUAGACUCUGGGAACAAUGUGGUUUACAAACAGUACGAGGACAUGGUUGUGGAGACGUGUGGCUGCAGGUAGCAAUUUCUGCAGCUCUCCUCCUCCUCACCCCUCCCUGCCCUGCCCAGCAGCCC